GCCGCGCUCCGCCCGCGCCGCCGCCACGAGUGAACUAUGCGCGAAAACAGUGUCUCUCCCUCGGACCACAUACUAACCCGGUAGCGACGCGACCAUGUCGCAGCCUGCCAAGAAGGGCGGCGGGAAGGGCCCGCCCAAGAAGAAGGAUACCGAGGAGGAGAAGGCGGCCGGCCCCAAGGCCGCCGACGACAAGGAUGAGACGGCGUCCACUAAUGGGGACAAGAAGGAAGGCAAGGAGGGCAGCGGCGAGCUGGUGGCCAAGCCGCCCAGCGCCGGGGUCAACAUGCGGGACGCGGCCGCCAAGGUGCUGGCGCUGGCGCAGAAGGGCGAGUGGCCCGCCAUCGAGCAGACCCUCAAGGUGCUGGAGAAGCUGGUGGCGGCCGGCGGCGACGACGCCGUCACCGUGCCCAUGGCCGGCAUCCUCGACCCGGCGACCGGCAUGACUCCGCUGAUGUACGCGGUGAAGGACAACCGCACGUCAUUCGUGGAGCGCCUCAUAGACCUCGGCUCCGACGUCAGCGCACGGAACAAUGACAACUACAACGUGCUGCACAUCUCGGCGAUGUACUCCCGCGAGGACGUGGUCAAGCUGCUGCUCUCCAAGCGCGGGGUGGACCCCUUCGCCACGGGAGGGAGCCGGCAGCAGACGGCGGUGCACCUGGUGGCGAGCCGGCAGACGGGCACGGCCACCAGCAUCCUGCGCGCGCUGCUCGCCGCCGCCGGGAAGGACAUACGGCUGAGGGCUGAUGGGAGGGGCAAGGUGCCGCUGCUGCUGGCCGUGGAGGCGGGCAACCAGAGCAUGGUGCGCGAGCUGCUCAGCGCGCAGACCGCAGAGCAACUUAAGGCGAGCACGCACUCGGGCGACACGGCGCUGCACCUGGCGGCGCGUCGCCGCGACGUGGACAUGGCGCGCAUACUGGUCGACUACGGAGCCGCCGUGGACGCGCUCAACGGCGCCGGCCAGACGCCGCUGCACAUCGCCGCGGCCGAGGGCGACGAGCCGCUCGUCAAGUACUUCUAUGGAGUGAGAGCCAAUGCCGGCAUUGCUGAUAAUGAGGACCGCACGCCCAUGCACCUGGCGGCGGAGAACGGGCACGCGGGCAUCAUCGAGCUGCUGGUGGACAAGUUCCGCGCCUCCAUCUUCGAGAGGACCAAGGACGGCAGCACCCUCAUGCACAUCGCCUCGCUGAAUGGUCAUGCUGAUUGUGCCAUGAUGCUGUUCAAGAAGGGGGUUUACUUGCACAUGCCGAAUAAGGAUGGCGCUCGCAGUAUCCACACGGCGGCGCGCUACGGACACGUGGGCAUCAUCAACACGCUCAUACAGAAGGGAGAAAACGUCGAUGUCACCACCAAUAGCAACUACACAGCGCUCCACAUCGCGGUGGAGGCGUGCAAGCCGGCGGUGGUGGAGACUCUCCUCGGGUACGGGGCCGACGUGCACAUCCGCGGCGGCAAGCAGCGCGAGACCCCGCUGCAUAUCGGCGCCAGGAUACCUGACGGCGACAAGUGCGUGCUCAUGCUGCUGAAGUCGGGCGCGGGCCCCAACAAGGCGACGGAGGACGGCAUGACGCCCGUGCACGUCGCCGCCAAGUUCGGCAACCUGACCACGCUGCUGCUGCUGCUGGAGGACGGCGGGGACCCGCUGAGGAAGACUAAGUCCGGUGAGACCCCCCUGCACAUGGCGUGUCGCAGCUGCAAGCCGGAAGUGGUGCGACAUCUGAUACAAUUCGUCAAGGACACGAAGGGCGAGAGCGUAGCCACAUCUUACAUCGAUUCAGUCGACGAAGAUGGCUCCAGCGCGCUGCACUAUGCGUGCAAGAUAUCCAAAGAAGAAGUGAAAAUCCCCUCCAACGACAGAGAAGUAGUCAAGCUACUAAUAGAGAAUGGGGCUAAUGUAACGUUAACGACCAAACAUAGCCACGAAACGGCUUUUCACGUCUGUGCGGUGGCGGGCAACAAUGACAUAAUGAGCGAAAUGAUCACCCACAUGUCUGCGGCUGAUAUUGGUAGAGCGUUGAACAAACAGAACUCGCAAGGGUGGACUCCGCUCCUCAUAGCCUGCAACCGAGGGCACAUGGAGCUCGUGAACACACUACUCUCUAACCACGCAAGAGUGGACGUGUUUGAUGUAGAGGGCAGAUCUGCUCUACAUCUAGCCGCAGAACACGGCUUCAUACAAGUAUGUGACGCUCUUCUAACCAACAAAGCCUUCAUCAACUCCAAGGCAAGAAACGGAAGAACAGCUCUACAUUUGGCCGCCAUGAACGGGUAUACGCAUUUAGUAAAGUUUCUCAUCAGAGAUCACAAUGCAAUGAUUGACGUCCUCACUCUGAAGAAGCAAACCCCUUUACAUUUAGCAGCUGGGAAUGGACAAAUAGAAGUAUGUAAAUUACUGCUUGAGCUGGGGGCCAAUAUUGAUGCGACCGACGAAAUGGGUCAAAAGCCCAUCCAUGCGGCAGCGCAAAACAACUUUUCUGAAGUAGCACAACUAUUUCUCCAACAGCAUCCGAAUUUAGUAAUGGCCACGACAAAGGACGGUAACACUUGCGCUCACAUUGCCGCUAUUCAAGGGUCGGUAAAGGUGAUUGAGGAGCUGAUGAAGUUCGACAGAACUGGAGUGAUAUCAGCCCGGAAUAAACUAAAUGAUUCAACGCCUUUGCAACUGGCGGCUGAGGGUGGACACGCAGACGUAGUGCGGGUUCUAGUCCGGGCCGGCGCUAGUUGUACGGACGAGAACAAAGGGGGUCUGACCGCAGUACAUUUGGCGGCGCAACAUGGGCACACUAAUGUGUUGGAUGUGAUGAGGUCUACAAACACGCUUAGGAUAUCCAGCAAGAAGCUUGGACUAACGCCUUUGCACGUGUCAGCAUAUUAUGGACAAGCUGAGACGGUCCGUGAGCUGCUGGCGCACGUGCCGGGCACGGUCAAGUCCGAGUCGCCCACCGGCACCUCACUAGUACCGGAGCUGGGCGCAGAGUCCGGCUUCACUCCCCUGCAUCUGGCAGCAUACAACGGCAAUGAGAACGUCGUGCGGCUGUUGCUCAACUCGUCUGGGGUGCAAGUCGAUGCAGCUACUAAUGAAAAUGGCUACAACCCUCUUCACCUGGCUUGCUUUGGAGGACACAUGUCGAUAGUGGGACUACUAUUGAGCAGAUCAGCUGAACUACUUCAAAGUACAGACCGUCACGGAAAAACUGGUCUCCAUAUAGCAUCCACGCACGGACAUUACCAGAUGGUGGAGGUGCUACUGGGCCAAGGCGCUGAGAUUAAUGCAACCGACAAAAAUGGCUGGACUCCAUUACAUUGUGCUUCCAAAGCUGGACAUCUAAACGUUGUCAAGCUGCUGUGUGAAUCAGGAGCGUCACCCAAAAGUGAAACUAAUCUCAACUGUGCACCUAUCUGGUUCGCAGCGUCAGAAAACCACAACGAUGUGUUAGAAUACUUAUUGCACAAGGAACAUGACACACAAUCCCUGAUGGAAGACAAGAGAUUCGUGUACAACUUGAUGGUGUGCUCCAAGAACCACAAUAACCUCCCGAUAGAAGAGUUCGUCCUUGUUUCGCCGGCGCCGGUCGACACCGCCGCUAAGCUGUCUAAUAUUUACAUAAUUUUAUCCACAAAGGAAAAAGAACGUGCCAAAGACCUGAUAGCGGCGGGCAAGCAGUGCGAGGCGAUGGCCACGGAGUUGCUGGCACUCGCGGCCGGCGCCGACUCCGCCGGGCACAUCCUCACCGCCACUGACAACCGCCAGAUAGAGUUCCUCGACGUGCUCAUAGAGAACGAACAGAAGGAGGUCAUCGCGCACACCGUAGUACAAAGAUAUCUUCAGGAACUCUGGAGAGGGAGCCUCCGGUGGAGCGGCAUCAAAAUAAUGUUCCUUUUUGUCGCCUUUAUAUUUUGUCCACCAGUCUGGAUGGUGUUCUCCCUUCCCGUCUCAAAAUAUAAUAAAGUUCCGAUCAUUAAGUUUAUGUCGUAUCUGACAUCCCAUAUUUAUCUUAUGACAUUGCUGUCGUUAGUGGCAAUUACGCCUAUACAUAAUUCGAUAUUUAGAGAUAGUUUAGUGCCUAAGUGGUACGAGUGGAUGCUUCUCAUUUGGCUGAGUGGGCUGCUCCUGUUUGAGCUGACGGACCCCAGCGACAAGUCGGGUCUGGGCUGGAUCAAGGUGGCCGUGCUGCUGAUCGGCAUGAUCGGCGUGGCCACGCACGUGGUGGGCUGGAUCUUCGUGAACCGCGUGUACUGGCCCACGCUCAUGUACUGCCGGAACCAGUGCUUCGCGCUGUCCUUCCUGCUGGCGUGUGUUCAGAUCCUCGACUUCCUUUCGUUCCACCACCUGUUCGGUCCGUGGGCCAUCAUCAUCGGCGACCUCAUGAAGGACCUGGGCCGGUUCCUCGCCGUGCUCGCCAUCUUUGUGUUCGGCUUCUCUAUGCACAUCGUGGCUCUCAACCAGCCCUUCAGAAACUUGUACAAAGAAGAAGACAGAAGAUAUGCGAGACAACAGAGGAAAAAACUAUUUUCAGACGUGACCAUGAACCCGUUUUUCUCGUUCGAGCUUCUGUUCUUCGCGGUGUUCGGGCAGACGACGACGGAGCAGACACGAGUGCACCGCAACGACGCCAACGUGCAACCCGUGUGGACCAACUACUUGUUCAAAAUAGUGUUCGGCAUCUACAUGCUGGUGUCCGUGGUGGUUCUCAUCAAUCUGCUCAUCGCUAUGAUGUCAGACACGUACCAGAGGAUCCAGGCGCAAUCGGACAUCGAGUGGAAGUAUGGGUUGUCCAAGUUGAUCCGCAACAUGCACCGCACCAGCACGGCGCCGUCGCCGCUCAACCUCGUCACCACCUGGCUCAUGUGGCUCAUUGCCAGGUGUAAGGCGCGCAUGAGUAAGAAGAAGCGCCCGAGCCUGGUGCACAUGGUGGGCGUCUCGCGGGACGACGCGAGCAGCGCGCGCAGCAAGGCCGGCUCCAAGUGGCUGUCCAAGGUUAAGCGGGGACAGGUCGUGCCUAAAGAUUCCACCCGUCUGUCGGUGGUGCACCUGAGUCCGCUGGGCUCGCAGGCCGGCUUCGAGCACGUCACCCGCAUCGAAAACGUCGUGGACUGGGAGGUCAUCGCCAAGAAGUACCGCGCCCUCAUGAGGGACGAGCCAGACGACCUGGCUCUCAAGGACAGCGACACAGAGGCGGCCGAGGACGCCGCCUCCGGGGUGGUGCCGAACAACGUGGCCCUCGCGCCAACCUGAACUAAUCUUCCAGACUAAUCUUGACACACUUCCUACAGGCCGUGAUUGCCUGGUACUUCGGUAUCGAAAAUCAUAACUUCCCGAUUAAAAACUUCCGAUAUUUUCUGUUGAAUGGAAUUGAAUAGGUUAUUUGUGUAAGUUUACUUGUAUACUUUAAAACUUUUGGGGAGAAAUUGUUUGUUGGCUAGGGAUAAGGUUAGAAUGAGUCUAUAUUGUUCCGAGAAAAUCGUGAUCUGCGAAAAGUCGUGUUUUACACUUUCUUUUGUAUUACAACGUGUCAGUAUUAAUUUAAUUUAAUAAUGUACGUUAAUAGGAUUUUGUGGUAGACAAAUAAAUAAUUAUAAAAGAAAGCGGAGGGAAAUCUGACGAUUUCUAAGAGAUGUAAAUAGUAAUAAAUGGAACAUGUAAAAACCUUAGUAAAUAAAGUAUUUCGUUCUUCUAGUCAUAAAGUUAAGUAACUAAAGUUUGCUACCAUUUAGAUCGAUACAGUUGAAUAAUUUUAAUUUAAUCAAGAUAUGUUUAGUAAGUAAGUAUCACAUUCAAAUAUUAAUGGAUAUCUUCGUAAUAUUUUUGUAAUUAGUAGAAUUAAGUGAGUGUUGUGUUGUAUUUGUGUACCUU